AUGCUGCUCAGAGGAUUACGAGCCUGUGCUGAACGUGCCUCGAAGUCGCGCACGACAAACUUGGAUCGAAUUUCGAAGACCACUAAGGAAUUGAUGGGAAGAAGAAGGGCUUUGAGGCUUGAUCCGAAUGCAUCGCACAUUGAGCGGUUAGUAGCAAACACUAGCUGCAGAAAAGCGUUGCAGGAGGAUCUUUUGAAGUACAGGCAGAAGAAGAUUCUAGAAGCAGCACAAAGAAGAACGAGUCUAAAGAAGUGCCGCAGGGAUCUCCGCGAAUAUAAUAUUCCGCUAGCAACCUUGCUGAGCGAAGACGGGACUCGCACGUCUUCUCGUCGUGAGAUGGAAAUCAUUACGGAGAGGUUCUACUCGAACCUUUUCCGUUCAUCAACUCCUGUGUCAAGCCCAAUCAUCCCCACUGGCGAAGCUCCACCACGGAUUCUCCCUUCGGAAGUACGAGUCGCUAUCAAGAGCAUGAAACCUGGCACAGCCCCCGGACCUGAUUUUAUAUCAGCAGACUUUCUUCGGGCUGGUGGCCAUCCGCUUCAUGUAAUCUUAGCAGCGCACAUGACAUCCUAUCUUCGGAAAGAAAGGAUCCCAGACCAGUGGAAGACCUCGCGAACCGUUCUUAUCCAUAAGAAAGGUGACAGAGAGGACCUUCGGAACUUCCGUCCGAUAUGCUUGCUGAGCGUGUUAUACAAAGUAUUCACCAAGAUCAUCCUCACACGCAUAUCUAGGACGCUGGAUGAAGCCCAGCCUCAAGAACAAGCUGGAUUCCGCCAAGGGUUCAGCUGCUUGGACCACAUCCAGACCGUGUCGAGGGUCAUAGAGGUUUGCCGGGAAUACCGCCUGCCCCUUAUUCUAACCUUCGUCGACUAUGAGAAAGCCUUUGACAGCGUAGAAACGAAUGCAAUACUGUCAGCGCUGGUCGAUCAAGGUGUGGACGCGUCGUAUGUGAGGACAUUAGCCAAUUGCUACGAACGAUGCACGACUAGGAUACAGCUUUUCCACCGCCCUCUCACCAUACCCAUUGGAAAGGGGGUACGACAAGGCGAUACUAUAUCGCCGAAGCUGUUCACGGCUGCAUUGCAAUGGAUAAUGAAACCACUAUCCUGGGAAGAAAGGGGCAUACGUGUUGAUGGAAGAUUUCUUUCGAACCUUCGUUUCGAGGGACGACAUCGUUCUCUUUUCGAGCAGUACCAAUGA